AUGUCUGAUUCAGUCGAGUCGGAAUGGUCCAAAUCGUUUCACUCUGGCCCUGCCACGCCAUUUCUUCCCUGCAAGUCCGGAUGUCUCCCUGGGGAACCUCCCGUCACCUCGCCAGCCGACCCAUCUAACAGUCAAUUUGCCCACGGAUCUCAGAAUGUCGCUGUCGAUCGACUGGUGAGACUUAAGCAGGAACUUAGAGCUCUGGAUGCGGAGUCGUUCUGGAAGCAGCUAAUGGAGGGCCUUGCCUCGAUCUGUGGUGCCCAGUAUACGUUCGUGGCCCGAAGAGUUCGGGACAAUGAGCCUGUGAUGGAGGUGGAGGGCCGCAAACCAUGCUUAUACGGCACUGUGUUCUACUACAACGAUGGCCACCAGACGGAGGGAAUACAGAGAAACCGUUACUUUGCUGGCGGCAACCCGCAGUCUCACAUGGAUCACGGGAAGCCCUGUCUAAUCCCCGAGAAUUUGGGAUCAUUUUUCUUGUUCGAUCAAGAUAAGCUUCCGUUCGCCGCGGAGGGUUACUUGGCAGUUCCCUUGUUCUCGGAAACGAAAUGUUCAGCUUAUCUUGGUCUGAUGUGGUCGGGCCCCGGUCUACAGAAACGAACCCUUUCAUGGCAGUUUCUGGAAAUGAUAUUGUAUUCGUUGGAAGAUUUGAUUGUGAAGCGAAUUGUCGACAAUGCAGGUGAUGUAGAUCCAGAUCGAUGCCACCGAGAAGUCAAGAGCGUUUCUGCUGGCCAGAAAAUCGUCGAUGAUGUGCAUCUCAACCUGCCUCAUGGGCACGUGGACUUUUCUUCACACGCUCUGAAGCCCUAUGCUAGGAGUCUGUCCCACGAACUCCGGACGCCAAUGCAGGGGAUUGUUGGAAUGUUAGAUGUCAUGCAUGCUACCGUCCGCGAAGCCAUUCAGGGCAAGCCAUCGCCGAAGACUGGAGAUGUCUUCCAGACUCUGAAGGAAAACAUUGAGAUGGUUCAAGAUAGUGCUAGACGAGCUGUUGAAGCUGCCGAUAACGUGGUCCACGCCUACGAUCUGAACAUGCAGGUACCCAAGACCCCCCAAUUUGAGCGGGAAAACGACUGCUUUGGAGGGCCCGUCCAGUCGCCCCUACAUGGGGGUGAAAAUCGGCCGAAUAUUUUCAUUGAAGGAAACAACAUAACCGUCAACCCGUAUAAACGGCGACGGAGUAACCCGUUCGAUCACGGUGUCGGGCUACCACCGAAGCACAAGAUCCCGCGCGCUUCUGCACAAAAGGGUCUUUCGCCCCGGAGCGAAGAAGUGAAACAUGCAGUCCACGAAAGCGAGAAAAUCAUUCAUGCGACUCCAGCACGUCAGAUCGAAGCAGUCAUGGCUAGCAUGGUGGAGCCUCGCCCAUGCCUGGCGGCGCGGCGCUCAGCAUCCCACCUCAUGUUAGAGGGUAUCAAUGUCAACUUCCGGGGACCGGCAGUCCGCUCUACCAAGCUCCGCGAUCUGCUUCGACUGGUGAUUAACGAAUCAUUACAUGUUGGCGGCCGACCCGACUUUGCCGUGACCAGUGCGACUGACCUAGGGGAGAGAAUCGAAGUUCGGUCGCGGUCUUCCAGCGGGGAGGUAUUCUCUAAAACGAUAGAUUGGACCGUGGAUUCUGCAUUGCCAGAGACGCUCUUCGUGGAUGACCGUGACCUUGCGAAGUUGAUUUCCUGUGUCUUCCUGAAUGCGAUCAAAUUUACCAACCAUGGAGUAAUCAAGGUGCAUGCAAAACUUGGUUGCAAAGUCAACGAUGUCUUAAUCACUGUGCAGGAUACUGGACCGGGCAUCCCGGUGGCCUUCUUGCCUAAGUUAUUCAAACCUUUCGCUCGCCAGGAUGCAUCGACUACUCGAAGCAAAGACGGACUCGGCUUGGGGCUUCUUGUCGCGAAAGGACUUGCAAGAAAGAUGGGCGGCGACCUGGUCUGUGUUCGCUCCUCGACUUCAGGCCCUGACCGUGGUUCGGAAUUUGAAAUUCGAGUCCCGGUCUAUCAGUCUGAGCCACCGACUAAGUCCGCGCCUACAACGAGACUACUAACCCCUCCUAAUCUCAGCAACUCCUCCGGGAUCAGCAGCACAAGCAGUUCAAGUCUCGAUUCCCUGUUUACUCCUUCGCCCCUUGCAGGCCAAGCGCUGCAACAACUAUCCCCUAGUCUCACGGACGAGCCAGGGUCCGUCCCUGCCCGCUCGGCGCCUUCUACCCGGACAUUGCAGAGCCUCCCCAGGAGAGGUUCCCAUGAUGAUAAGCUCGGGGAGAAACACCCGCUCACCUUCCUGGUGGCUGAAGACAAUAAGAUCAAUCGGCGCGUGCUAGUGAAUAUGCUGAAGAGACUCGGUUAUAAAGAAGUCUAUGAAGCAUGCAACGGGAAGGAGGCCGUGCGAGUUAUGCAGGAUGUCCUCGCUUCACAGCGAAAUGCAGAUCCGCCAAACGGUAGCGCUCGUGGAAACGAAGCCAAUGGUUCUCCGCUCCCUGAUCCCUCGGAACAUCGCAAGAAACUCAAGCCGGUGGAUGUUAUUCUGAUGGAUCUCUGGAUGCCGGAGAUGGAUGGAUACCAAGCCACCUCGAAGAUCAUUCAGCUGGUCGAUGAAUACCACGGCCAGAUUCCUCCCAAUCGCCCAUGUGACCUGCCGGGACAAGGCACUGAGCCUCGAUCCCCGACAGUUCUUGCUGUCAGCGCCGACGUAACUGAUGAGGCGCUGGCGCGUGCUUCGAAGGUUGGUAUGAAAGGCUACAUGACCAAGCCGUAUAAACUCUCUGACCUGGAACGACUGAUUAUGGGAUUUUGCAACGACACGGGACAAAAAAUUUAA